GACGUUCCUAACUUUUUUAAUUCCGGAUCAGUUGAUCGCCGAAAUGUUAUCCAGUUACACGCGACUGUUCCGAAUUCUGUUCGUAAUUAUAUUUCUGAAAUUACUCUUCCUGCUGGCCCUGUAUGUGAGAACCUACGAUGGGCUGCCUAAAUUCAAGGCUUCAAUGGCCUCGAAAGUGCAUAUUUUUGAUGAAAUUCUAGUGGAUCGUCGAGAUCAACCCACUUGGGAGCAGCGUUUGAAAUGGAUUCGUGAGGAAGUCCCCUCAUUUCCUCUGGAGGAGAUGUCCGAGCGGGAAAAGCUCUCCCUGAAGACCCCCGAUUGUGGACCCAUACCGGACAUGAUGAACAUCGACUUCCACAACACCUACUGGCAGAGGGCUAUCAAUGAGAAAUUGAAUUAUUUUAUUUAUGGAGCCUAUUACGAUGAUAGGGAAACAGUUGCGGAGGGACCUCUGGUACGCCUCCUGACCAUGGUGAACCAGCACGACGACAAGUCCUUCAAGUAUCCCGAUAUCUACUGCCAGCUUUGGAUGAAGGAUCGGGCAAAACCGGUGAUAGUGCCCGUUUCCCAGCAUCGGGUAAUGUGGCCUUUUGGACACGCUCCCCGGCGCUACUAUCCGACUUUUUUGAGCUGCCCUCUGCCGGAGGGUGACUUCAAAUGGGAAAUCCCUGAAAUGGUAUCGCUGGUGGGCCGGAAAUGUGACAGGGCCAGGAAUCUGUUGAGAGUGGUCUAUGAACCGCGCGAAGAUGAGCCACAAAAUGUCACAGAAAAGGCCUCAAAGGAUCCCCGAUUUAUGGUUUGUGUCAAGACCAUGGACUUCCCUUAUGAGGACAAGUCCUGGCGACUGAUCGAGUGGCUGGAACUGAUGCGCCUACUGGGCGCCAGCAAGGUGGUGCUCUACGACGGACAAAUGCAUCCCAAUAUGACCAGGGUGGUCAAGGACUAUGUGACGAAUAGUCCUGGUUUCGUCGAGCUCCGUCCGAUGUCCUUGGGCCGGGGAGAGCCACAUGCUCCGCCCCAUUUCCAUCACUUCGCCAUGGCGUCCGAUGGUUUCAAUCGGAUACUCAACGAGAUGAUACCCUAUAACGACUGCUUCUACCGGAACAUGUACAAGUACGACUAUGUGGGUGUGUUCGAUAUCGAUGAGGUGAUCAUGCCCCUGGGCAACAUCACCAAGUGGUCCGAGUUGGUGGAACUGUCCCGAAGAGUGCCAGAUGAUGGGGAUCGGAUUCCGGCCGACUGCAAGGAGUGGGUGAGCUUCUGUUUCCGGAAUGUCUACUAUCCGCGGUAUCCGGAACGUCCGAAGGUCUACCGGAAUCUGUCCAGCUCGUUCUAUAUGCUCCAGCAUGUGGAGAGGGUGCAGCGUCAUUGUGGUCGCGGGGAUGCCACCAAGUGUCUUCAUGAUACUCGAUAUGCAGUCGGAUUGCACAACCAUUUCACCUUCUUCCACACGGAGAAGGAGGCCUGUCCGGCCAAAUCGAUACCCAUAGAGUAUGCCCAGAUGCAGCACUACCGGGAACCGGAUACCAAGGCCCUGCUGAUCGAUCCGGUGGUGGAUGCUAGCAUCUGGAGGUAUCAGCCGGAGUUGCAGGCCAGGGUGGAGGCGGGGUAUCGGAGGUUGGGCUUCCUGCCCAACGAGAAACAACUGGCGGAUACCCUGGAGCGGCGAAGACGCAACGACGAGCGGCAGCUAAGGGAGGCAGUGGGUAGGAUCUGAAAAAAUAAUAUCAAAUGUGUGUAAAUAAAUGGUUUAUUAAUUUUUUUUUUUUUUUAAAUUUAAGUAGUUUAAUGUAAAUUUUAAUUAAAAUAUAUAUUUUAAAUGAAAUAAUAAAGGUUUGAGACCAACAAUCCUUUAUAAAA